AUGUCGUCGCUGCUCACCGGCCCCGCCCUCCGAGCCCAGUGCAGGCGUCGGGCAUUCCACACAACGUUCUUCAGGUCGCAAAAGCACCCUUCCCCACCCCAAAAGCCUUCGACGCGUGCUUAUUCACAAUUUAGCCGUGACCGCGCCGCCGUAGGGGUAUUCACACCAAAGUCUGCUGCGCUCUUCGUGGCGGUGGGUGUCGGCUUAUUCUUCUACUUCCGCCAUGAGAAGGCCAAACUUCUCGAGCAACGAGAGCAAGAGCGCGCAGCCAAGCAAUAUGGGCGACCCAAAGUCGGGGGACCAUUCACCCUAGCCACACCCACCGGGGAACCAUUCACCGAGAAAGAUCUGUUGGGGAAAUGGUCUCUCGUUUACUUUGGCUUUACGAACUGUCCCGACAUCUGCCCGGCAGAGUUGGACAAAAUGACAGAAGUCAUGAACGUAGUCGAGAAGAAACACGGUUCUAUAUUCCAACCAGUCUUCAUCUCCGUUGACCCUGCUAGAGACAUCCCCUCUCGAAUUGGUCAAUACCUGACCGACUUCCACAAAUCCUUCAUCGGCUUGGUUGGAUCGUACGAGUCCACGAAGGCCGUCUGUAAAGCCUAUCGUGUAUAUUUCUCUACGCCGCCGAAUGCCGACCCAAACGGUGACUACCUCGUCGACCACUCUAUAUUCGUCUACUUGAUGGAUCCGGAGGGUCAAUUUAUCGAGGCAUUUGGACAGGCAGUUGAUACGCCAGAGGUUAUCUCUAAGAUUCACGACGCCGUAGCGGAGUGGACGAAGGAACACGGCAAGAAAACGUAG